UCUCUGCCGAACGAUCUAGAGCUGGCCACUUCACCUUUAAAUGUCAGAGAGACGAUAAGGAUGUACCUGCAGGAAGUGGAUAGUUCGGCGUCGGUGGAGGAAGUUGAGAGGAUUGUCUCGAGGUUGAAGGAAUUUGGGAGGUUUCUGGGCAGCGACGAAUCGUUCGAAGAAUUCAUGAAGAACCGAAAAACACAACAUUCUGAUUCUCUAACACCUACCCUCGAGGCGGCAAAGUAUACUACACAAAAUCAAGUGCCACAUCUUAACAACGUCCCGCGUCGUCGAGUUCUGAGGCGACAGAAGGUGAGCAAAGCUUUUCUGGAGACAAGACCACGUUCUGCGAGAAGGAUGUCCAGUAGAACGGAUCUCGGAAGGAAGGACUGUAGGAACCUGGGGAGGGGUGGGAAGCACUGCAGAUCUUGCUGCUAUGAUGCAAAGAUGCAGAAGCUGACCUCUUUGCAAGCAGAGCAUCGUGUCGAGAAGAAGAUAGCCUUAGUUUCGGCAGAGAAUGAUGGGUCGAAAUCAACUCAAGAAUCGGAGACCAACCAAGUUAACGAGACAGAGAUGAUUGAUGGUGCCUGUCAAGUCCUACCGGAUGACAUUGAUUCUAAAGCCGAAGUAGGUGGCAUCGUCGGACCUGGUGUGAGGCAGCAUCCGGAGCUUUCAGGGAGCCAACAGAAUUUCCAAGGUGAACUUCUCAAAGAAAUAUCUCCAGCAGAAGCGAACAUCCGACCUAGACAGAGUGAACCACUAGUUCAAGACAGUGCUUCUACAUUGACUGCCAAAGGUGUCAACGUGACCCAAGUUCUGUGCCCCGAAGAGAAUCUUGAGAAGCAAAAAGACCUUAUCAAAACGGUAUCCAAUCUACUGGUAGACAAAUGGUGCUUGGAAGGUCAAGUGAAGGCCCUUGAGGAUAACGAGCGGGAGUUGACUGAAGCCAAGAGCGAGAUCUCGUUACAGCUGGACGCUGCCCAUCGCCAGCUUUCGGGAUCGUGCAGUGAUACAGGACGCCCUCAUCAUAACGUAUUGGCUCUCGAUGACCAGUUUGGCUCGCUACAGAGGCAGCUGAAGGAGAUGGAAGACAGGAGAGACGAUGACGAGGCAGUGAAGUCUCAAUUAAAGUCUGAGCUCGAUAACUGGAAGAAGAAGGUGGUUGACCUUGAGGCAGUGAAGAAGAGGUUGGAAGGUGAGGUGGAAGGAUGGAUGGAGACUGUGAUGGAGGUGAGGCGGGGACGGAUUACUCUUCUCAACCACAUGGAUAACAUCACACACAAGGUCGGGAAGUUGAAUAGUAAUUCUUUUAAAGGCAACAAAGGAGAUACCUCUAAAUUGGAUCGCCGUGGUCAUCAUUCUUCCGUAGAGCAAACAUGUGGGUGUCGGGACCGCGAUCAGAUUAGGGUCAACGAAUUACAGGCCGACAUCGAGACCUUAUCAGAACAGAGAAAAAUACAGGACGGUCAGAUUGAACAACUUUCUGAUCUGCUUCAAAAAGCGAACGACCAAAAGCAAGAACUGAUGAACCACCUCACCGAAGUCCAGCAAGAGAGGCGCAAUCUCCAAGUUGACUUUGAUUCGUUUCUUGCUUGCCAAUAAUUCUAACUUUACGAUUAGAUACAUCGAACCAAAGCCAAUAAUAAUGUGCAAUAAUAACAGGAUGAAGUGUUUCUAUAUGUCUAGCAUUAUGGUUUCGUAGUAGAUCUAAUAUACUUUUCUGUCCAUUGAGAAUAGUUUUGAAACUCUUCCUUAAGGGUUGAAUACAAUAGACAGUGCUAUACGAAAUUCACAAUUCCUACGAUCUGUUAGCGAGUUAGAGUUUUAGCAACAGAAACAAGAAAACAACAUUUAGAAGAUAAGGAAAUUUUGUGAUUAAUUGAUAGCAUUUUCAGGUAGGCCUAUAUACACAAAUGUGUAUGGGAAUGGAAUGCAACGAAACUUGUACAUCGGAAAUAGAGGAAACAAAAUAUUUCACUAAGACUGGAACUACCUUGCACAAUGCCUCAUGUUUGAUAGGUUCAAAUCUAUUUUUCUUUGUAGGAAUUUCUUCUAUUCGCCAAUAUUGUCUCAGUAAUGUUUGGUAUUGAAGUGUAUAGUGCUGCUUCGCAAUUACCGCAAAUGGUGAAAGGGGAGAUAUUUCAAAAAGUAGCUGUCGAAAGAGCAACAUAUCUUUAAUAAAAUGCAAAAGAAAUGCAUUGGAUACUAUAAAUACGUUGGGACUUCAAUUUUAAUUUCACAAAUAAAAAUGAA